AUGAGUGUCUAUGAUGAAGUUGAGAUUGAGGAUAUGGAUUUCGAUCCUAGUACAAAGAUAUUUUAUUACCCUUGUCCUUGCGGAGACAGGUUUUAAAUAACUAUAGAAUAAAUUAAAAACAAAUACGAAAUAGCUUAAUGUCCAAGUUGUUCUUUAUAAAUCAGAGUUAUAUUCGACCAAAAUAGCUAUGAAAUAUAUUCAAAAAUAGAAUGA